GUGGGGCAGGGAAGGGGCGGCCGGGCGGACUUGGCCCCGCGCCCUCCGCACCCGUCGCCCCCGGCUCCUCUCGGCGAAACCCGAGCGCGCGUCCGACGCGGGGCCGCGUGACGCGCACCUGUCGGGGCGGGCCGCGCCUGCGGAAGAGGAUGCGCGGGGCCCCAGCCUGGCCCGAGCCCGGCCCGCAGCGCCGCGCGCCCCGCGCCGCCGCCGCCGACAUUUCCCGGAGAAGCGGCCGGCUCUGACGGGCGAGAUGAAGUGCCCUGGCUGUUGGAAGAUGCUCACAGUGGCAAUGUGCAUGGCCCUUGUGGCUUGCCUGCAGGCCCAGGAGCUCCAGGGACAUGUCUCUGUUAUCCUGCUGGGAGCGACUGGGGACCUGGCCAAAAAAUACUUAUGGCAGGGACUGUUCCAGCUGUACCUGGAUGAGGUGGGGAAGGGCUACAGUUUCAGCUUCCAUGGGGCUGCUCUCACAUCCACCAAGCAGGGCCAGGAGUUCAUCACCAAGGUCCUGGAGUCCCUCUCCUGCCCCGAGGACAUGGUGCCCAGGCGCUGUGCCGAACUCAGGGGCCAGUUCCAGCAACUGAGCCAGUACCGCCGCCUGAGGACGAAUGAAGACUAUAUGGCCCUGAGCAAGGACAUUGAGGCACAGCUCGAACACAAAGGCCUCCGGGAGGCCGGCAGGGUUUUCUACUUCUCUGUGCCACCCUUUGCCUAUGCGGGUAUUGCUCGCAGCAUCAACAGCAGCUGCCGCCCGGGCCCGGGUGCCUGGCUGCGGGUUGUCCUGGAAAAGCCCUUUGGCCACGACCACCUCUCAGCCCAGCAGCUGGCCACGGAACUUGGGAGCUUUUUCCAAGAGGAGGAGAUGUACCGGGUGGACCAUUACCUGGGCAAGCAGGCCGUGGCUCAGAUCCUGCCUUUCCGAGACCAGAACCGCCAGGCCUUGGACGGCCUCUGGAACCGGCACCAUGUGGAGCGGGUGGAGAUCAUCAUGAAGGAGACCGUGGAUGCAGGGGGCCGCACCAGCUUCUAUGAGGAGUACGGCGUCAUUCGCGACGUGCUCCAGAACCACCUGACAGAGGUCCUCACUCUUGUGGCCAUGGAGCUGCCCUACAACGUCAGCAGCUCAGAGGCUGUGCUGCAGCACAAGCUUCAGGCCUUCCGGGCUCUGCGGGGCCUGCAGAAGGGCAGUGCCGUCCUGGGCCAGUACCAGGCGUAUGGCGAGCAGGUUCGCAGAGAGCAGCAGAAGCCAGACAGCUUCCACAGCCUGACGCCGACCUUCGCAGGCAUCCUUGUUCACGUAGACAACCUUCGCUGGGAGGGCGUCCCUUUCUUCCUGAUGUCUGGCAAGGCCAUGGAUGAGAGAGUGGGCUAUGUGCGGAUCUUGUUCCGGAACCAGGCUUACUGUGCCCAGAACGAGAAGCGCUGGGUGGCAGACCAGAGCCAGUGCCUGCCUCGGCAGAUCGUCUUCUACAUCGGACACGGUGAGCUGGGCAGCCCUGCUGUGCUGGUCAGUCGGAACCUGUUCAGGCCCUCUCUGCCCUCUGAGAGCUGGAAGGAAGUGGAGGGCCGGCCCGGGCUCCACCUUUUCGGCCGCCCUCUGUCGGAUUACUAUGCCUACAGCCCCGUGAGGGAGCAGGACGCCUAUUCUGUCCUCAUGUCGCACAUCUUCCACGGCCGCAAGGACUCCUUCAUCACCACGGAGAACUUGCUGGCCUCCUGGGUUUUCUGGACCCCCUUGCUGGACAGCCUGGCCCACGAGGUCCCGCGCCUCUACCCAGGAGGAGCCGAGAGCGGGCACCUGUUGGACUUCGAGUUCAGUGGCACCCAGUUGCGCUUUUCCCGGCAGCAGCUGGAGCAGCUGGUGCCGGGCCCAGGUUCCGCUCCAAAGCCCAGCGACUUCCAGGUUCUCCGGGCCAAGUACCGGGAGAGCCCGCUGAUCUCGGCCUGGCCUGAGGAGCUGAUCGCGAAGCUGGCUGAUGACAUCGAGGCCACAGCUGUGCGGGCGGUGCGGCGCUUUGGCGAGUUCCACCUGGCGCUGUCCGGCGGCUCCAGCCCCGUGCCCCUGUUGCAGCAGCUGGCCACCCGGCACUACGGCUUCCCCUGGGCCCACACGCACCUGUGGCUGGUGGACGAGCGCUGCGUCCCACUUCGGGACCCUGAGUCGAACUUCCAGGGCCUGCAGGCUCACCUGCUGCAGCACGUCAGGGUCCCACACUACAACGUCCACCCCAUGCCGGUGCAUCUGCACCAGCGCCUCUGUGCCGAGGAGGACCGAGGCGCCCAGAUGUACGCCAGCGAGAUCUCGGCCCUGGUGACCAACAGCAGCUUCGACCUGGUGCUGCUGGGCAUGGGCACAGACGGGCACACGGCCUCCCUGUUCCCGCAGUCGCCCGCCGGCCUGGAGGGCACGCAGCCGGUGGUGCUGACCAGGAGCCCCUCCAAGCCGCACCAGCGCAUGAGCCUGAGCCUGCCCCUCAUCAACCGCGCCCGCAAGGUGGCGGUCCUGGUCAUGGGCAGGCUGAAGCGUGAGAUCACCAUGCUGGUGAGCCGCGUGGGCCAUGAGCCCAAGAAGUGGCCCAUUUCAGGUGUCCUGCCUAGUUCUGGCCAGCUGGUUUGGUAUAUGGACUAUGAGGCUUUUCUGGGAUGAUGGUGCCUUUGGCCUUUGCUUGCUCCCAUGCUUGCUUUCCCCUGUACUUUCCCCUUCCCCUAAGACCUGCCACCUGUCCUGGCUCUCUGGGACCUGAUGCCUCAGGAUGAAGCCCCCGGAGAGGAAAGGACAAGGCCUUACCCCAAUCCCUUUGACAGUCUGUGUCUAGUUGUGGUGGGCAGACGCAGACGCAGACACGAGGAAGAAAUGGAGUCUGCUCUUGAGAAGCUUCCAGUCCAAGUCAGGAGAGAAAUACCCACCUUAAGAACAUACCAGCAGCAGUUACACAAUAACACCAGCCAGCCCAAAACAGGACGGUGUGAGAGCUCCCAACUUCAGUAGAAAUGCAAUGGCUAGGGUUAAUCAGGGAAGUCUUCCUGGAGGGGGUGAUCCUUGAACUGGCUCCUGUGGAAAAGAAGGCUGUGGAUAGUAGAGAGAGGGGAGCACGGGUUCCAGCAGGUACAGAGCCCACACGAAGCAGGUGCUAGAAACUGUCCAGAGACCUUGAGUUGGCUGUUUCUUCUGUCCCUGUCCUUCUUCCUGAGCCCCUGACACUUAGCCUACUGUCCUGGCCUCUGUGUGGUUGCCUCCUCCGCUCUCUCUGGGUUCCCUUCCCCUCUGUCUCCCUGCUGUCCCCCAGACGGAUGAAGGACGGUAGCAGGAACACAGCAACAGACACUAAGAAGUUCCCAGAAAUCUUGCAGCUGUUGUUUGGAGCUCCCUUUCUCAGUAGAUGGACUUCUCUGUGUGGGGGGAGGCCCCCUGCCCACUCUCCCUUCUCUAGCCAACCCCCUUCGUGAUACACAGUGGGCAUAGAUGAUUCGGCCAUUCCAGGGAUCCCUCGCUCCAGAGGGUCCUUUACACCUCAGGGGAGGUGGGUGUUUCCACUCUCAGUAGACCCUGUUGCUUUACCAGGAAAGAUCCGGUUAAGCCUUUCUGUGAUGGGGACAUGUCAUUUGUGGGGAGAGCUGUGAUGGAAAUGGUCCAGACCCUGCAGGUGCUCUGAUCUGAUCAGACAGGAGCUGGGCCGCCAGGCAGCGCUGGCUGCCCACGAGCUUCUCAGGGACCUGGCCGGCCCCCGCCCCCCUCACACUACCUCUCGGGGGCGUGGAGCCCACCUGCUUGCUGUCUGCUGGCCUCUCCUGUCACCGCGGACACACCGACCCCCCUGGGAAAACAACAGGUAGCUUCUGUUCAGAGGAGGUUGGGUGCUCUGUUCUUGAUUAGCGCCGGGCCAGUAAUAGUGUGUGGGGGGCUGUCUCUCUGAAAUUCUUUUAAAAAAAUAUUUUCACACACGUAAUUAGUAUUUCAACUUCCCACGUCUUCGUGCUCCCAAGACAGGGCUGUAAAGGAAUGAGACCCGAUUUUUCCUGUGUGACUGCCUGACAGCUUGUAUCAGGUGUUGAUGUCACCCUGAGGGCUUUCCUUGGUGAGGGGGAGCAUCGCCAAAUGUAUUUCUCUGCUUCUGAGUGUUGACACUUUCUGCAAGGCUGCAUAUAAAGCAUUCUGGGGCCUGAGCUGAGGGUUCUCUAUGUGAAAGGCACUGCUGUUGAAAGCCCCCUGGCCUCCCACGACCCGUCUGGACAGGACAUCUCUCCUUACACCGAGAGAGCUAACCUCGGCAAAGCAGAACACCAGUGCCCGGGUCGGGAAGGGGGGGGGGGGGGGGGGGGGGGGGGUUUUUUUUUUUGCUUUUUUUUGCCUCUGGGGGCCAGCACUCACGAGGGGACACGCGUGGUUGUGUGGCCACGUGGGGGCGCUCUUGCACCAUCCCGGCCCUCCCUGCGCGAGCCCCUGGCCUUGAGCUCUCCCCCAUGUGUUCUUCAGGAACUUCAUCCUCUGUGGUUGCAACACUGACAGAAAGGGACCUCCACGCGCCCAAGAAUCACUCCAGCGUGUGGGCCAGCAGGCCCUUGAUGUCACCAUUUCUGAAUAACAGUGAGUCAGUGUGGACCUGAGCCCAGGACCUCCCCUCUGAGAGGAGGACCUUGCCUCAGAACCCAGCCUUCAUCUGUGGAGCAUACGUCAGGGGCAAGGGUGGGGCAGAGGUGCCAAGUGCUGUCCUGAAGUCACACCACAAAAGUCCCCUGUGUCCCGUACUGAGAAGGAGAGUCUCAGAACUGGGCCACCGAAACUGAUGGUGUUCCACCUUUCUGGACCACGAUCCAUGGCCAGAAGCACACCUUAGCUCAGGACUCCCGGCAUCACAUUCGUGUGUGAGUCUGCCUCACGCACAAGUUCCGUGAAGGAAUUCUUAACCUUAGAACGUGAGAUACCCUCCAGUUUCUAUUUUUCAUGUUUGAGAAAUGCUGCUUAGAACCUACUAGAUUGAUACAUGGUUUGAAAAAUGCUGCUCUAAUCCAACUUCACCCCGUGUCUGAGCCGAGGGCCCGAGGUGCGGAAGGGAGCACGUGUGUCCGGCUCACACGGGGGCCGCUAGGGAGCACGUUGGGACGGGAGCCUGGGCUUUCCAUCCCUGCGGCUUCGUGCCGCGGGCCCAUCUGGCGCAGCGAGGCUGCCGUGGCCCCUGGGGUGGGUGCUCAGCUCCCUUCCCCACGGGGUCGAUGAGGCCGGCGCGACACGCUGCUCGGUCUCCUUACUCUCUCAAGCACCCUGUGAGGAAAGCGGAGGCGUCCUUGUUUACGGAUGACUUUGACGCUGGAACUGAGGUUGUCCGACAACAACAGGCCAGGGUACCAGCCCCGUGGGUGCCCCCUCCUUCCCAGGGACCUCUCCGUGCCCGGAGGAGCUGUCACGGAGUGGCGGGCGGAGGCCCGUGUGCCCUCGUGGACCUGGGAGAGGUGGGCCCCCCCCCAGCGAUUUAGCAUCUCUAGAGCGAGCACCUCACCGUUUGUCAUGGGGAGAGGACGGAGGGACUUUCCAGGUUGUUGUAAGCUAGGUUCUGAGUUUGAUCUGGGAGCACAGUUCUCUGCUAACCGCAAGUUAAAAUAGUCGCGUUGACCUUCCCUGCUUCUUGUUUCUCUGCAGACAGAGCUUUAUUCCCACCCUGGGCCUCCAGGUUAGCGGCCUGGGGGUGCAGAGUGCUCCCCCAGGGUCGUCUCCCCGGAGGCACAGGCCUGCUGUCCCCGGGCCCAGAGCUCACUCCUGCUUUGCCUCGCGCCCUGCUUUCCCCGUUUGUACAGAGCGCUGAGGGCAGUGUGACAUAGAAAGGAGGGGAGAAGCUUCCACAAGACCUUAAGGGGUGGUUUCCUGCAGUUUAGUUUUCAGGAAUAACAACAGAAAAAUUUAUUUUCAACAAAAACACAUGCAGCCUCACAUAAGCACACUCUUGUCAGUUUUAUCCAGUUAGAUUUUUAUCCUAAGCAGACGGGACCCUGCAGACCUUAGGCCACUUGUGGGGAAGGUGCCUGGCGGCGUGUUCGAGAACGCACAAGGCACAGGGCCCCGGGCGCCCGUGGUGGCCGGCCAGCGCCAUCCCGCCCGGCCCCUUGAAAGACAAACACGGAAGGCUGAGGGCCUUGAGAGGGCGGAUCACGGCGGGGGCUUGGGGGGGACGGCUCAGUUGGUCUGCGUGGCGCUCAGAGGCUCUGCGCACACAGCCGGUGUCGCCUGUUGCAAGUGUGGGUUUCUUCCCGUGUGCGCCCUGCCUGCCCUUGUUUCCCUCCGCCGACCGGUGGCUCACCCGCGCCGCCGGCUCUGUCCAGCUUCCGUCUGGUGUUUCCAGCCCGGUGCCUGAAGGGGGCGCUAGCGUGCGGCGGGGCUGGCCUAUGUCACACCCUGUGCAGUCUCCAUACGAAGCGACGGCCCCUUCGUGCCCUGUCAACCACUAGGGCAGAGCGCCGCCCCCGUUCAGAGCGGUCUUUCCGCCACACAGGUCUUCACCGGCUGGAGCAAGCGGGGUCUCAGCCCAGCAUGUGUUUCUGGGGACGUGCGGUGGCAGAGGUCUUCUCCAGAGGCGGCGCUUGGUGGCCUCCAGGGGUGGGUUGUGAGCGCGGCUUCCACGGCUUGUGGCUAAGCGAGGUGCCAAUUCACAAGUGCCGUCGCCAGCACAAGACAGAAACAGCAAGAGAUUGGAGGAGGCAUUUCGGAAAUUCUAGUGAUUCCGUCGGGGAAACUUCCUCCCAGGGCAGCUUCAGGAGCUCCUGUUUGCCAAGCAGACCCCUGGGGACCGUGUCUGUGCGUGACCUGAAGGCGGCCAGGGUGGGGGUCUAGGGGAAUCAUGUUGAUUCCCUAGGAUGGUCUCUGUCCCAACCCCUUGCCCUGCUCUGGGGUGUUUUGCAGGAAGUCUCUGCAUCUUUUCUGUCCCUCUGGUGUAGGGCCAGGCAAACACAUUUUCAUUUGCUGAGAGCCCAGGGGAGCAUAUUUGGAUGGCUAGUAGUUCGCUUUGAAAGUGGAAGUGUAAACAGACACUUCAUAAAUUAUAAACGUUACAAAACGUCGUGAGAUACUUAACUAGGAAAGGACAGGACCCUGGGUUAGCUCCGAUUGAGGGUCCAGAGCGCAUCCAGCUCUCCGAGGUGUGACCUGUACGGUCCCCUCCUCCUGGUCCCGCAACCAAGGGCCGAGUGUAGGGCCUUGUCUCCAGCCAGGAAGGCCGAGCUGGUCCAGAGCCAGCAAGAGACCUAGAUGGGGCGUGGGGCCAGCAUGGAAACCAGGGUGUGUUGCAAUCGGGACCGUGUCCGGGCGGUCUCUGUCCCGUGCUGGGACACUCUGUACUGGGCUUCUGCCCGGCGAGCAGAGUGGCAGGUAGGCUCCUUUCUCAGAGGGACUGUGUCCUUUGUGUGGUGCAGUGGGGAGACUGUAGGCGUGAGCCCCCUCUCUGCCAAGCGGCAGUGAUGUGCCUUGUCUUCUUGCACAAAGAGAAACUGCCCCUGGUUUUUAUGGAAGCGGCAGACACUUAACGAUGUCUCAGACAGUGAGACUCAUUCAGAACAGAGUUUUUAAAAAUGACUUUUUGUAUGUCAAAUGUAACAUUUAUUUUUUAAACAAUAAAAUUGUUUUGCCAAA